AUGAUAAGAGGUAUGAUGGAAAAUCAUCUUAAAAUACCCUAGAAUCUUCCAAAGCCCUUGAUAAAUUUUGCUCUUGGAGAUCCGUUAAAGGUAAACGGAUUCGAACCUCCUAAAAUAAUUGCAGAGAAGCUAGUUUAAAUAGUGAUGGAAUAAAAGAAUAAUGGUUAUACCUCUGCAGCUGGGUCAUAAGAAGCUAGAUAAUCUGUUGUAGAUCAUUUUUCAACUCCUGAUCACCCUUUUAAAUGGGAAGAUGUUAUAAUGACAUUUGGGGCUGCUGGUGGGCUAUAUAAUUCAAUAUCAGCGCUUUGCGAAAAAGGCGAUAAUUUAUUAGUGCCAAGGCCUGGAUACCCAUUAUGCUUUCCUAUCAGUUAGAAUUUAGGUGUUGAACUCAGACACUAUGAUCUCCUACCUGAAAAGAAUUGGGAAAUUGAUCUUGUGCAUCUAAAGUCUUUGGUAAAUGAAAAAACGAGAGCUAUCUUGGUGAAUAAUCCAUCGAAUCCCUGCGGAACCUGCUUUACAAAACAGCACUGUUUAGAUAUUAUUAGCAUGGCUAAUGAGCUUUAGUUGCCUAUUAUCUCUGAUGAGGUAUACUAUGGUAUUACAUAUGAAGAGGGAGUUGAGUUUACAUCCUUGGGGGUUUUAACUAAAGAAGUGCCCAUUAUCUGUUUGAAUUCAAUCUCUAAAAUGUAUUAUUUACCAGGAUACAGGUGUGGUUGGAUGAUCUUCUAUAAUCAUUAGGGAUAUUUCGAUAAAGUAAUCAAUAACUUAUGCAAUCAUGCCGCCAUACAAUUUCAUCCAGAUAGUACUGUUUAAAAAGUUCUGCCAGUCAUAUUUAAAGAGACUGACGACAGUCACUUCGCAACUAUGAAGCUUAAAUUAAAGCAAUCUGCUGACUAUGCAUUUACACAAGUAUCUAAGAUAAAAGGACUUAAUCCAAUUAAACCUUCUGCUGCUAUGUAUAUGAUGAUAAAUAUUAGAAUAGAGUAGUUUAAUGGCAUUGAAGAUGAUGUUGAUUUUGCCAAAAAGCUAUUACAUGAACAAGGAGCACUUGUUAUGCCUGCUCAUUGCUUCUUUUAUAAUAACGGAUUCAGAUUAGUAUUAUGCUAAUCUCUCUCAAAUAUAAAAGAAUUCUGCUUAAGAUUAGAAGAGUUCUGCUAAAAUCAUUACAAGAGAGAAUGA